GUCGCAGGGGACGCGCGAGCGCCGGCGAUGGGCCUCGCCGCGCGGCUGGCGGCGCUGCUGGCGCUGCUGGUGCUGCGGGCCGAGGACCUGUUAGGGGCCGCGGCGCGAGAGGACACGUUCUCGGCGCUGACCUGCGUGGCGCGCGCCCUGGCGCCCGAGCGACGGCUGCUGGGGCUGCUGCGGCGCUACCUGCGCGGGGAGGAGGCGCGGCUGAGGGACCUGACCAGGUUCUAUGACAAAGUGCUUUCCUUACAUGAGGACCCGGCAGCCCCAGUGGCUAACCCUCUGCUUGCCUUUACUCUCAUCAAACGCCUGCAGUCUGACUGGAGGAAUGUGGUGCAUAGCCUGGAGGCCAGUGAGAACAUCCAAGCUCUUAAGGAUGGUUAUGAGAAGGUGGAGCAAGACCUCCCAGCCUUUGAGGACCUUGAGGGAGCAGCACGAGCCCUAAUGCGACUGCAGGACGUAUACAUGCUCAAUGUGAAGGGCUUGGCCCGAGGUGUCUUUCAGAGAGUCACUGGCUCUGACGUCACUGACCUGUACAGUCCCAGACGGAUCUUCUCCCUCACAGCAGAUGACUGCUUCCAAAUAGGCAAGGUGGCCUAUGACAUGGGGGAUUACUACCACGCCAUUCCAUGGCUGGAGGAGGCUGUCAGUCUCUUCCGAGGCUCUUAUGGGGAGUGGAAGACAGAGGAUGAGGCAAGCCUAGAAGAUGCCUUGGAUCACUUGGCCUUUGCCUGUUUCCAGGCAGGAAAUGUUUCGUGUGCCCUCAGCCUCUCCCGAGAGUUUCUUCUCUACAGCCCAGAAAAUAAGAGGAUGGCCAGGAAUGUGCUGAAAUAUGAAAGGCUCUUGGCAGAGAGCCCCCACCAGGCUGUAGCUGAGGCUGUCAUCCAGAGGCCCAGAGUGCCCCACCUGCGGACUAGAGACACAUAUGAGGGGUUAUGUCAGACCCUGGGCUCCCAGCCCAUUCACUACCAGAUCCCUAGCCUCUAUUGUUCCUAUGAGACCAAUUCCAGCCCCUACCUGCUUCUCCAGCCCAUCCGGAAGGAGGUCAUGCACCUAGAGCCCUAUGUUGCUCUCUACCAUGACUUUGUCAGUGACUCAGAGGCUCAGAAAAUUCGAGAGCUUGCAGAACCAUGGCUCCAGAGAUCAGUGGUGGCAUCAGGGGAAAAGCAGUUGCAAGUGGAGUAUCGUAUCAGCAAAAGUGCCUGGCUGAAGGACACUGUUGACCCAAUGCUGGUGACCCUUGACCACCGCAUCGCUGCCCUCACAGGCCUUGAUGUCCAGCCUCCCUAUGCAGAGUAUCUCCAGGUGGUGAACUAUGGAAUUGGAGGGCACUAUGAGCCUCACUUCGACCAUGCUACGUCGCCAAGCAGCCCCCUAUACAGAAUGAAGUCUGGAAACCGAGUUGCAACAUUUAUGAUCUAUCUGAGCUCGGUGGAAGCUGGAGGAGCCACGGCCUUCAUCUAUGCCAACUUCAGCGUGCCUGUGGUUAAGAACAGAGCUGGAUGUUCUUUGUCUCUGCACGCCCGGGGCCUGGAGAAGAGCACAGCUUUAAUUGGUGGCCUACGCAGGAAUGAAAUGCAGCACUGUUUUGGUGGAACCUGCAUAGGAGUGGUGAGGGGGACGGUGACACACUUCAUGCUGGCUGUCCUGUUCUGGUGGGAGAUAAGUGGGUGGCCAACAAGUGGAUACACGAGUAUGGACAGGAAUUCCGCAGACCCUGCAGCUCCAACCCGGAAGACUGAAUUGUUGCCAAAAAGCAUGAAGAGUCUGGUGGCUUUCCAGGGAAGCCAGGAGCCAAAAACUGGGGUAGGAGAACAGUCAAGAGAGCAGCCUCCUGAAAGAGACUUGUCAGCAUUUGCCCAUUCCUUGCAAAUGGAAGGCAAGGAGUCUUCACUGGGGACCCCUGAGAAUUUACAUUUGUUUCUGGUCCAGCCACAAGAGUCAGAGAAGAAUGGACAGUACAAAUAAGGGGGCCAUGGAGCCUGGGAGAGAAGCUUCUGGAGCUUACUCUUUGUUAGGAAUAGAACUUAUUCUCUAAGGUUUGGUCAUUGGAGUUUUUGCCACUCUGACCACAGGUACCCAGAAGUGGCAGUGAGGACACCUGUAGGAGGAAUCAUUCCAACCCCUAUGACUUACGUCCUUCUCCCUACUGACCUCUGCUGCAGCCUGGGCAGGGAAUGCGUCCGACUCGGAGGUGUACCCCAUGCGAGGGGUACAUCAUUUGGUGAUUUUUUUUUAAGUAGA